AUGGGUUCUAAAACAGCGAAGCGAACACCGGCCAAGGAAGGUCGCUCGCCAAUUGCGACUCGCCGCUCAGCCUCAAAGAACAUCAAGGCUGAGCAGACGCCUUCACCAUCCCCAGCCAAAUCAGCAUCGUCCAGAAACCGAACACCACGAACUGGGUUCACCCAUCGCCUUCCCACUGCGGAAGAACGAAAGUCCAACGGCCGUGUUGCAGGUCGGAACUUGAUCGUUUGGGGACGUCCACGCAUGGCGGAGAAACUUCUCUUGCACAUGCAGUAUGAAUGUGCACGCCAUAAGAUUCAGGUUCCCUGGGACACUGUGGCUCAUCGUCUCCACCCUGGAUCCUCCGGCGCAGCCAUCGUCCAGCAUCUUAACAGGAUCCGGCGGGAACUGGUCGCUAAGGGCCACCUCGUUCCGCCAGCUACUUCACGCAAUGGUGCUGUCCCUCCUGAGUCCACCGACCCAACUGUCCGAGGCUACGUCCGCAAGGACAUGGACGGUGAAGACAAGGAGUCUGUUCGGCCUGUGCGCUACGAUGAAAUCAUGGAUGACCGCAAGUUCAAUCUUCCCAGUAUGGACAACCUCGAUGUCAUUGCCGAGAAUACCGAGCGUGAGCUCAACGACAGUGAAGACAGUGGCAAUGAGGAUGACACACCUCAACUGAACUCGAAUAGCCCUUCGGACGAUUCUGUCAAGUCCAUGAACUCAUUCUACCAUGCCCAGCCUAACUCCAAUGCAUACGCUCCGCUCCAGGCGCCUGUCUCUUUUGCUGAUUCCGAGCCAAGCUAUCCUGCUCUGGGUGCAAUGCCACCUCCAGUUGAUCAGAAGUUCUUACCCGGCAAUGGCAACUCGCCUCUCAAAUACCACGGAGAGAAUGAUGGCCAGUAUCCUGGAUUUCAUUUCCCAGGCGGUUCUUUCCCGAACCCGAUGAUGUACAACCAGGCCAUGCCAAGUGACCCUUUCUCGUAUGCUCAGCCGCAAGGGCACGAUGAAUCAUCAUCAGAGCAACAAGCAAAUCACUCUGCCAAAAAUGGAACAGCUGACCCAAAGGGCCCAUAUCCUGGCCCUAUGCCUAUGUUCCCCCAUCCUAACUACCCUUACGCUUACCCCUGGAUGCCGUUUCCAAUGAACCCAUACCUUGCCUACGGGCCCCCAAUGGAGGGAGCUCGCCAGGAAACGUCAGUGGAACCCAAUGGAGAGUCGCCUCGCGGUGAUGACUCUUUUGUUGUUCAAGAUGUGCAGUCGGAGCAGCCCAACGUGGAUGACCUUUUUACCGCCAGUGAACAGGAUGCCGACCUCGGCGAAGAGGGCUCCCUUCACACUUUACUAGAGGACGAUGAUUCCCUUGAAACGGUACUGGAGAACGAAAACCUCCUUCAAAAUUUCCCCGAAGAGAAUGAAGACUGUCUUCACAAUUUACUGGAUGAUGAUGAAGAGUCCCUUCAGAAUUUUCCCGAGGAGAAUGGAGAUUCUUUCCAGACUUUACUCGAGGAGAGUGAAGGCUCUUUUCAGACUUUCCUUGAGGAGGAUGAAGAGUGA